CCUCCCUCCCUCCCAGCUCUCCGCCCUGACAGACCUCAGGCGGUCAGCGGACUUGACAACAACACUCACAGUUUAUCACACGUUUUCAUUGAAGCGCGGAUGAUGUGGAGCGGAACAAAUCUCAGUCCGGAUUAGAAGGCAGCUGUGAGCUCCGCUGAACCGUUUUUAACGGAUUGACCUGCCGGAUUCCAGCGUUUCCCUGACUCUGAACCGGAAUGUGUGGCCAUCCGCCCUCUGAGCUCCAGCACCUCAGCCGCUGUGGACGGAAACGUGCGGACUGUUGCGUUUCAACUUUGCGCGUUUAAACCUUUCUUGAAGCACGUGAAGGGCGGCCGGGACUCGCGCCCUGAGCCCACGUAUGGCAGGUGAACACUCAAGUUUGAGACAGAAAAUGAGAUGAUGGAGACGCUGGCUUUGAACAAUGAGAUAUUUUUCGCUUCCCUCCGCCGACAGCAGCUGAUCUUUAAACUUCCAAACGCGGCCUCUCCUGCACCUUGUAAAACCCACCUCCACGAGGGACUGCCGUGACGCGUGGCGCAGACAUCGGCGGGGAUUUGAUUUGUGAAAUUCGGUCAUAUUUGUGGAUAUUUUCUUCAGAAGCGGACUUCGCGUCAGACGUGUGACGGAACCCCGCGCGCCGCUCACCCGACGCCCGACGGACGGCACGCGCCCGGUAUGGCGGGUUAGCUGGUUCACCAUCACCGCCUCCACCCAUUUCAAAUCACCAAACUUAGAGUCAACAUGCAGAGGAAACCAGACUCCUUCCGAGGUAACUUGGAUAAAUUAUUCAGCUGUGGUGGAAGUGGACUACCUGCUGAGCAGAGGAUGGCCUGUUGGAAGGAGGGCCCCGCUCUCCUGCUGGUUCUGCUGGUUCUGCUGGGCCCACAGCCGGUCGCCGGUGGAUCGUCUCAACACCAUAAAGAAAACAUCACGCUGGCCAUCAUUUUACCACAGAGCAACACAGAUUACCCUUGGGCUUGGCCUCGCAUCGGUCCUGCUUUAGAGCGGGCUGUCAAAAUCGUGAACGCUGACCCCACCUUGCUCCCUGACCACCACCUUACCUACGCUUUCAAGAACAGCGAAGACAAGGACGGCAUCUGCUCCGAGUCCGUCGCCCCACUCAUGGCCGUGGACCUUAAAGUGGACUAUGACCCAUGGGCAUUCAUCGGGCCCGGCUGCUCCUACACGUCCUCCCCUGUUGGCCUCUUCACCACCCACUGGGGCAUUCCCAUGGUUACUGCGGGGGCCCCGGCCGUGGCUUUUUACGGCGAGGUUUACCCGUCCAUCACCAACACCGGCCCCACCCACAAGAAGCUUGGGAAAUUUGCCCUGAGGAUCUGCGAGCGCUUUGGGUGGCGAGAGCACGUGAUGCUCAUGUUCAGUGACAACAAGGUGGAUGACCGGCCGUGUUACUUUGCCAUGGAGGGUUUGUACACGGAGCUGAAGAGUAUCAACAUUAGCCUCGUCGACAGGGUGUUCGAAGAGAACAAGCCGCCGGUCAACUACUCGCACAUCCUCUCUGAAAUUCAGAACGACGGUCGCGUGGUGUUUGUCUGCUGCUCACCCGACAUCUUCAGGAAGUUGAUGGUCCACUUUUGGCGGGCUGAUCUUCCUCACGAGCAGUACGUCUUCUUCUACAUCGACGUGUUUGGAGACAGUCUGAACUCCAAACAGGGGCAGCCGUGGGCGCGUGGUGACCACGAUGACGUCAUCGCCAAGGAGGCCUUCCAGAGCGUGAAGAUCCUGACGUACCAAGAGCCUCAGAACCCCGAGUACAAAGAGUUUGUGAGCAACCUGAGGACGGACGCCAAGAAGAUGUUCAACUACACCAUCAAGGACUCACUGAUGAACAUCAUAGCUGGAGGUUUUUACGACGGCCUGAUGCUCUACACUCACGCUCUGAACGAGACCUUGUCGCUGUCCGGCGGUCGGCCCGCAGGCAGAGACGUCACCGAGAGGAUGUGGAACCGAACCUUCCACGGGGUGACAGGAGUCGUCCAGCUGGACGAGAACGGGGACAGAGAGACAGACUUCGCCCUGUGGGACAUGAUCGACACCAACACCAGCGCCUUCCAGAUGGUUUUGGUGUACAACAGUUUGGAGGAGCAGCUGACUGCUGUGCCUGGAACCACCCUGCACUGGCUGGGUGGAGUUUGUCCUCCUGAUGUCCCCGUCUGUGGCUUCAAGAACGACAACCCGAUCUGCCUCGCAAAGACGAUCACCAUCCACCAGAUGGUUUCCAUCGUGCUUUUCUUCAUCUUCACGAUGACCCUCACUGUCACCGUCUUCAUCUACAGGAGGAUGAAGCUGGAGAGGGAGCUGGUGGCUCAGCUCUGGAGGAUUUCAUGGGACGACAUCCAAAUGAGCAACAUGGACAAAGUGCUGCGCAGCGGCAGCAGGAUGACACUGUCAUUGAGAGGCUCUAACUACGGCUCCCUCAUGACUGGAGAUGGAGUCCUGCAGGUUUUUGCAAAGACGGGAUACUACAAGGGAAACAUCGUGGCCAUCAAAUACAGCAACAGGAAACGCAUCGAGCUGAACAGGAAGGUCCUGUUUGAACUCAAACACAUGCGAGAUGUUCAGAACGAACAUCUGACCAGGUUCAUUGGAUCGUGCAUCGACCCUCCCAACGUCUGUGUCAUCACAGAGUACUGUCCCAGAGGUAGUCUGCAGGACAUCUUGGAGAACGACAGCAUCACUCUGGACUGGAUGUUCAAAUAUUCCCUCAUUAACGACAUCGUCAAGGGCAUGGUCUUCCUCCACAACAGCGUCAUCUUCUCUCACGGUAAACUCAAGUCGUCCAACUGUGUCGUGGACAACCGCUUCGUCCUGAAGAUCACAGACUACGGUUUGUCCAGCUUCCGAUCUGACGACGACUCGGGAAAAGACGCUCACGCCUACUACGCCCAGAGGCUGUGGAUGGCUCCAGAGCUGCUGAGGAUGGAGUCUCCUCUUCCUCAGGGAACUCAGAAAGGAGACGUCUACAGCUUCGGCAUCAUCCUCCAGGAGGUGGCGCUGCGCAGAGGAGCCUUUUACCUGGAGGGAGACCCGCUCAGCCCCAAAGAGAUCGUGGACCGGGUGGUCCUGGGCGAGUGGCCCUGCCUCAGACCGACCGUCGACCCCCAGAGCCACAGCCCCGAGCUGGGUCAGCUGAUGCAGCGCUGCUGGGCCGAGGAGCCCACAGAGAGGCCAGAGUUCAACCACAUCCGCCUGCUGCUGCGCAAACAGAACAAGGAGUCGAGGACCAACAUCCUGGACAACCUGCUGUCCCGCAUGGAGCAGUACGCCAACAACCUGGAGGAGCUGGUGGAGGAGCGAACCCAAGCUUAUCAUGAGGAGAAACGCAAGGCCGAAGCCCUCCUGUACCAGAUACUACCACACUCAGUGGCCGAGCAGCUGAAACGAGGUGAGACGGUUCAGGCCGAAGCCUUCGACUCCGUCACCAUCUACUUCAGCGACAUCGUGGGCUUCACAGCCAUCUCAGCAGAGAGCACCCCGAUGGAGGUGGUGACUCUGCUGAAUGACCUCUACACCUGUUUCGAUGCCAUCAUCGACAACUUCGAUGUUUACAAGGUGGAGACCAUCGGCGAUGCCUACAUGGUGGUGUCAGGGCUGCCGGUGAGGAACGGGAAGCUGCACGGCAGAGAGAUCGCCCGUAUGGCCCUCGCCCUGCUGGACGCCGUCCGAACCUUCAAGAUUCGCCACCGACCAGAAGAACAGCUGAAGCUGAGGAUUGGAAUACACAGCGGUCCGGUGUGUGCCGGAGUGGUGGGUCUGAAGAUGCCACGUUACUGUCUGUUUGGUGACACCGUCAACACGUCGUCACGUAUGGAGUCCAGCGGAGAAGCGCUGAAGAUCCACGUGUCGGCGGCGACCCGUGACGUCCUGCUGGAGUUCAACUGCUUCCAGCUGGAGCUGAGAGGAGAGAUCGACAUCAAGGGCAAAGGGAAGAUGACCACCUAUUGGCUUCUGGGAGAGAGUGACAGCCAAUGACAAUACUCCUCAGACAGGAGGACGACGGAGGACAGAGACAAGGAGGAGGUAUAGAGAGAAACAAAGUAGAGAAGAAGAAGAUCAUGAUGAAGGACAGUAGAAGAGGUUCCUCUGCAGGCGUCACAGGUCGUCGUGUCCUGAGGACUCGUCGCCUGCUGGUUGGUUUUUUAUUUCUGAACAAAAGAGACCUGGAAGGUUUCAGACUUCACCACACGUGAAGGAAAAGCCGCAAAAAUUACAGAAGGGAGAAGAACAUGUGAGGAAGCGACGCACAGAAAAUGACAGGAAGCUGCAGGACUCGCACUGUGCACCUGAAAGACCAGAACGUGGAUUUAAAUAAAGGAGCAAAGACAGAAAUGUUAACACACUCCUGACAUUCUGUGUUCCAGAUCUUUUAUGUUGCAUCUGAGAUGUUUAGAGUUUAGAGUCGAUUUGAAUUCUCUGUCUCAGAGGUUGAAAGUCCAAAGUUCAAAAGAGAAUUUUCCCUUUGGUGUCCACUGCUAACAUUAGUAAAUGUGUCCAGAAUCUGAAGCAGGUGUUUCUCAGGCCUGCUGGGGACCAUCUACAUCCUCAAUCCCUCACAAAACUAUUGGAGGUGAGGGCGUUACCCAGACGCACCUUUGCCAGAACAACAAGACAUCACAUACAGGACUUUCUGCCUCUUUUGCUCUCCAGACAGUCGAUUACCUGCAUGCAGCCAAAGCCUGCUCAGAUGUGACUGGUCACUUUUACAGACAGAAUCCAGAACCUUUCCGAUACCAAAAUCUUGUCCCCUAAGGUUCUGAGUUCAUAUGCAGGUUAGUGAGGACAGUUGUAGAGGAUGCUUUCACCCUAACGGCCACAAGGGGCAACAGUGAGCCGAUUCAACACUCAAACACAAACAUCAACAAGCAACUUCAAGAUAAAGAGAUUUAGGGAAAAGUUCGGGAAUGAAGACUAACUGGGUGUUUGACAAAUCUACGUCUGGUUAACUUCCCCCAUAUCUGAAGAGCUGCUUCCUGGAGCUUUGGGCUAUUUGCAGUAUUAGGAAGCUAAACACAAUGUUUAGUUUUGCAAAGUUAGAGGAGCCAAAAAAUAAAGAAAUAAUUUGGCUGCAGCUCCUCCUCAUCUCUUACAAAUAAAUAAAAGUUGACUGUAAAUAUAGAAAUGUCUCUGUAUAUAAAUGAAAAAGUGAUGUGUAGUUUUGUUUCUGCUCAGAACGUCACACGAGCUGCUUUUUGUACAAUUAAACAGUUCAAGUUCAGUUGGACGCUAACGGCACGUCUGCCUGGCGGACUGGUGGGGUUCAAACCCGUGACGUCUCAGCUGCAGGACAGUUUUCAGUCAUCUGUCCGUUCAGACGUCUUCCUGACGUCCAGGACUGAAACACCCUGAGCAGCACAUGAGACCAGAGCUGUUAGUGGAACUGAAAAACCCUCAAAAUGUGUCUCAACAUAUGAAAAAUCCUGAUAUUUUUAUAUAGUAGCAUUACAUGAGUAUUAAUAUGGAGAGUGCAGUUUCAGAGUAUACAUCUAAUUUUAAAAUGACCAUUAACUGAAACUCAUCACUGUGUAUCUGUAAGAGGUCAUCACAGGUCAACUCAUUGUGUUCAUUCUUCUGUCAGCCAUUUUGUGCGACCAGUUUGAACCGGUUGGUAUCGUCUUCUCUCUCGAUGUUUCAUUUCGCCUCCGGUGCCAUUUUGCAUCCCUGCAUCAGGCUAACGGUUAGCUUCCAGCGGGAUUCAGAAACGUGAUAAUGAGCCAUUUGUGGUAAGCGGGGAUCAAACCAGCAGUGUUCGUUUGUACUGACCUGAAUAAAGUGCUGUGCUGAG